ACUGAAGCAAUUCAUACCUAGAUAUCUUUCAGCUUCAUCGCAUCUCAUCUCAUCUCAUCCCAUUCCAUCCAAUAUUCCACGACUUAGCUCUAAUUAUUAUUCGACGUCCAGGUCAUCUUCAUUCAUUCCUCUGCUGGACUACUCCGUACCGUACCCUCUUUCGAAGAAUAUCAAGCAUUUCCAUCACCCGAAAUGCCCGCUACCUCAACAGCACCGGCCUCCCCCGAGGACGACUGGCAUAUCCUUUAUAACCCCUUUCGCACUUCGAUCAACGUAGACGAGACACAUCCUUCCAACCCGGUCAAGCUCUUCUUUCUCCAGCCGCUUUGGGCGCCGUUAUUGUUCUCCAACACUUCCUCAGACGCACGCGACCACUGCGCGAACGAAAGGACGUUCCUGUCGUGGCUUCGCCUGGCUGUCUACAUGGCCGUGGUCUCCGUCGCCAUCUUCGUCAACUUCCAUCUGAAGCAUCAACCUACGUCGCUCGAAAAAAUGCUUUCGCAUCCCCUGGGCAUUAUUUUCUGGGUUCUCUCGCUCGCCUGUCUCGUCAGUGGCAUGGCCAACUAUAUGCGCACCGUGGCCGGGUAUGCCGGGAGACGUGCGUUGGUUCAGUCCGGCAUCAAAACCCAGAUUGUCUUUGGCGUUGUGGCGACAGCCAUUGUCGCAGCAUGUGGAUUGUUCUUGGGUGCCGAAGCUCAAGCUGCGAGACUCGGUCGUAGGAGCUGAUGGACAGGCAAAAUAUCACCCUUGAAAGAGUAUCAUUCUAUC